CUAGUUUGAUGUAAAACAAAGUGCUUAACUUCUGAUGUAAUCAUUUCAACUUCGUCAUCACAGUAUCUGUCCAAACGCCGGCCGGAGAUACUGAAACGUGAAAGACUAUCCCAUGGACGACGUCGAUCGAUUAUUUGAAUGCUUCAAGUGCGGCGUGUCUCCUCCGCAAUCGGCUGUUAGAGAACGAAAGAGAGGGAAGAGAACUUUGAAACAGGAAGAUUCAGCAUGUAAGCAAUUAGCUGAAAAAACCCCCAAGAGCACGGCAGAGACUGACCACUCGGUUGAAGAUUUCAGUUCAUCCAAAGUGAAGAGAAAUAGCUCUCGGAAGCAGUUCUCUCCACUUGUGUUUUAUGGGUCUCCACAUGGGGUUCCUCCGAAAAGGCCUACUAGUUUGUUGCGCCUGUUGCAAGAAAUACAUGUGGACCUUGGCGAACAAAAUAAGCUAAGACAAGAAAUAUGGGUUACAUACCCUAAGCAGGAUGAAGCAAUGAAGUAUGCAAAGCAGUGCACGAAUGCUCGUCUUUUCAGCUAUCAGAAUCACAUUAAUGGCCAAAGAAGGUUUCUUGUUUCCACAUAUGAGCACUUUUGGAAAAGGUACAAAAAUAUGAAUUCUAAAAGAAGACACCAUUAUGAAGUCAUUCAGGAGGGCUUGCCAUGCCACCUUUAUUUUGAUUUGGAGUUCAAUAAGAAAGCGAAUAGAGAUAAGAAUGGAGAUGAAAUGGUUGAUCUCCUGAUCAUGGCUGUAUUUGAUGCUCUGCUAGAAAAAUAUUCUCUAGAAGGAAGUCAUGACUGGAUAGUUGAGCUUGAUUCUUCAACUGAUGAAAAGUUCUCCAGACAUUUAAUCAUUAGAUUACCAAAAGCUGCAUUUAAGGACAACUCUCAUGUUGGGGCAUUUGUUACUGAGAUAUGUUCACGGAUAUAUACUUCAAGUAUUAUGGAUGAGAGAUUCAAAAAGCUCUUUGUCUUUAAAGAUUCAGAAUCGGAUGGAAUUCCAAGUAAGCUCUUUGUGGAUACUGCUGUCUACUCUAGAAACCGCUGCUUUCGUCUAGCUCUAUCAUCUAAAGCAGGGAAGACGUCUGUGCUUCUACCUAGUGGACGCUUUAAAUGUAAGGACAUGAGCGAGGAAGAAAUGUUUAUGGAGUCACUAAUUUGUAAUAUGGACUCCGAAUGCGAAAAACUUUUGGUUUGUAUAAUGGAUUCAGAUUGUGUUAGGGCCCUGCGUUUUGAUACAGAGAUUACUGAAAAUAUCCAACAAACUUGCACCCCCCAAGCAUUUGACUCAAAGCAUUUUGAAAGUGAUCCUUCAAGAACUUACUUGAUGGGAAAGUCGCCAUUCACAGCUUUAGAUUCAUUCAUUGUGUUUAUUGCCUCCAUAGGAAGUGUGCCAGGAAAAAUUCGGAGUUGGUAUUGGUUCUCAGAGUAUGGGCUGAUGGUCUACAGCAUGUCAAAAAACAGAUAUUGCGAAAGGAUCCAGAGAGAACACAAAAGCAAUCAUGUGAUGUACGUUGUUGACCUUAGAAGGGGCGUUUACUACCAGAAGUGCUAUGAUCCGGAUUGCAGAGGUUAUCGAUCCCCUUUGCGUCCCGUCCCUGGCAAUGUCAUGGCUCAUUGUUCAUUGUCCUUUGGUCUGGAAGUCAGCACUGAAGAUAGGGAGCACACAACUGUAGCUACUGAUCGGGAUAUUACAGAUAGCUGCAAGAAAGACUGGUGGCUUGAAGCUAUCAGAUUUGCAGAUCAGCUAGAGAGCACACCAACAGCCCUGGAUGUAUGUGAUGAAAAACAGGAGGGAAGAUCAGGAGAAGAUGAAGACUGGUGGGUGACAGUGGAAAGGAUUGCAACCCAAGCUGAACAGGCUUACCUUGGACAAGCUUAGAAUCUAUUGUUAGGGUUCUGGGAUUGAGAACGGGUCCAAGGACGACUUGCUGUGGCAGGGUGAGUCGGUGAGGGCAAAACCUGCCGCCUAGGGUGACUCUUCUUCUUGCCCGUGGCUGGAAGAGCGCAGGGAGGAGAGAGAGUCCGUGACUUCUCUGCGAACAAUUUCUAAAGAUCGAUAGAUUUUAUUAAGGCUGAAUAAAGAAUAUAAAUAGGCAGUCUGCCCUUUACAUGAUAGAGUUCUACUCUAACUAAAACUGUAACUUCUAAUACUUCUAUUAAUAAUAGGAAAUAAUAAAUAAAUAAAUAAAUAAAUAAAUAAAGAAAUAAAUAAAUAAAUAAAAUAAAAUAUGAAAAUAGCAUCAGGAUAGAUUCCUCUUCCAAUUAAACUUCCUGCCGGCCCAUAUGUUUCCUCCUGCGAUAGGGAAUUCCAUAAAACGCAUCCGUAACAUCACUCCCUCCCUCAAAACUGAGCUUGUCCCCAAGCUCAAAUCCUGGAUAAGCAGCAAUAAAAGUGUCAAACGGUUCCCAAGUUGCCUCCUCAGCUGUGUGGCCUUGCCAAUGGACUAGCAGCUCCUUCUCACCUUCGACCUCGAUAAAGAAAAGCUUCUUGCACCGGUGAUUCAUCGACCACAGCUCAUCACAAUUAUAACAGAGCCCUCUUGCUCGCCGUUCUGCCAUUUCACCCUUCGUGAGCCGUUUAAUAAUCGGGUUUCCUGCCUUAGUUGUCAUGGGUGUUUGUCUAUGUUGUUGCGGGCUUCGUUGUUUUGCAUCUGUUGCAACACUCCAGCCUUUGACAGGUGCAAUUGUCAAUGACUGCUUUGCUUCUAACGUCCGCGCAAGGUUCAUUGCAUACCCCAGGUUUCCUGGUUUUGCCAUCUCCACAUCCGCCCUCAAGUGAGGUUGUAAACCAGCGACAUAUAAAGCAAUCUGAUGUGUGGGUUGUAUUCCUGAAGUUCUGGCUAAGGCUUUUUGAAAUUGGGCACAAUAUUCAUCAACUGUCCCUUUUUGCAUUAAAAGCUUUAGAUCACCUACCGGGUUAGAACUCAGAGGGGGCCCAAAACGCUCCAGGCAAAGGUCUUUAAACCUAUCCCAAUUGACUUCACCUUCUUCCUCGAUCAUCUGGUCAAACCAGAGUUGUGCAUCAUCUAUCAAGUGGAAUGCAACAACAUUGACCUUGGCAGCACCAGGAGUUUCUUGAUUCAAGAAGAAUUUUUCGCACCUUUUCAACCAGCUGAUAGGGUCAGAGUUGCCAUCGAAUACUGGGAAUUCCAUCUUCGCAUAUUGUGGUCUCCAGGGGUUCGUGGUUUUCUGCCAUGGAUGGUCUUGCACUCGGCUGUUAUCCACUUCAUCUUCCUCCGUUAUUAUUGACUUCGAAUCGCGUUUGUGGACUGCCAGAGAUAGAGCGGCAAUCUGCUCUUCUAUGGCGGAUGUCCUAGCGGUCAUCGUCUCCAUGAAUUCCUUCAUCAUGGUGGCUAAAUCAUCUUGCGGUUGUGGCGCCAUGGAUCUUGACGUCUCUGAUACCAAAUUGUUAGGGUUCUGGGAUUGAGAACGGGUCCAAGGACGACUUGCUGUGGCAGGGUGAGUCGGUGAGGGCAAAACCUGCCGCCUAGGGUGACUCUUCUUCUUGCCCGUGGCUGGAAGAGCGCAGGGAGGAGAGAGAGUCCGUGACUUCUCUGCGAACAAUUUCUAAAGAUCGAUAGAUUUUAUUAAGGCUGAAUAAAGAAUAUAAAUAGGCAGUCUGCCCUUUACAUGAUAGAGUUCUACUCUAACUAAAACUGUAACUUCUAAUACUUCUAUUAAUAAUAGGAAAUAAUAAAUAAAUAAAUAAAUAAAUAAAUAAAGAAAUAAAUAAAUAAAUAAAAUAAAAUAUGAAAAUAGCAUCAGGAUAGAUUCCUCUUCCAAUUAAACUUCCUGCCGGCCCAUAUGUUUCCUCCUGCGAUAGGGAAUUCCAUAAAACGCAUCCGUAACAUCUAUCUUGGGCAUACCAAACCGAUAAACUACCAGUUUACUUUUACUCCAUUCUGUAUAAGCGAGUUGUUUGCUGACAAUUGAUUAGGUAGUUCUCUGAGAAGAAAUGUUUGGUAAAAAUGGCCUAAAAAUUAGUUAAGAAAAUGUAAAUUGACAUAGGAAUGUAAAGGGCUUUUUGGAAAUAAAACAAGAUAUACUGGUUAUUAGUAAUUUAACACAGAAUAUUAUGUCAUUUGCGAAGUAAAAAAAAGUGCUAAAAGAAAAUGAAAACAAUACACACACAUUUAGUCUGGUCCAUGAAAGAAAAGCUAUUUUUGUGUAUCUAAGACAGCAAUACUCUUCUUUCUCCAAUUGUGGGUAGACCUGGACGACUGGACCUGGGCUGACUUUGGGAGAACUGGAACGUCAAUCAGGUAAAUUGAUUCUGGUUCUGAUUUGAAGUAACCGGAUCCAGUUGUGUCUAUUCAAAAACGCAAAAUUGGUUGGUUCGUUGUUAUCAUGACUCUGAUUUGGUCCGAUGUUGGGUACUGAUGUUGGCACUGGCCUGUCAAAGUGGGUUUGAGCUUUUAACUGUAUGUAAUUUUGAAUUUUAUGUAUGAAUCAUGUGAUGAAAUGAUUUUCAAACUGUUUCAUAUUUUGUGUCAUAGUAGCACUCAU